AUGAGAUGGAGUGUUUCCGCAUUCUGUCUCUCUCUUUUCACACUUAGUGUUUUUGGUUCUGUGCACGAAUCUCGUUCACGUGGAUGGACGACCGAACGCAAGUUGGAGGCUCGCGAGCUCACUAGAUCAUUAUGGAAUCAUGGGUUUGAUUCAUACAUGCACCAUGCUUUCCCUCUUGACGAACUGAAGCCGCUGACAUGCACGGGCCAGGGGCCAGACUGGUUUGAUCCAACCGCCAUCCAUUUCAACGAUGUUCUUGCAAACUGUUCUGUCACUUUGAUUGAUAACCUGGACUCCUUCCUAAUCCUCAAUAAUCGCACUGGAUUUAACAACGCUGUCUGGAACACAAUUUCUCAUGUAUCGUUUGACGUGGAUACCAAACCUCAAGUAUUUGAGACAACCAUAAGGGUGCUAGGAGGACUCCUUAGUGCUCACAUAUUCAGUGUUGAGCCUAAUUAUGGAUUUGCAAUACCUGGAUAUGAUAAUCAACUCCUCUCACUGGCCUACGAUUUGGGAGAAAGGCUGCUGCAGGCCUUCGAUACACCUACAGGAAUUCCAUAUGCUAGGGUAAAUCUUCGAAGAGGCGUUCCGGCGGGAGAAACCACCGAGACUUGCUCUGCUGGUGCAGGUUCAUUGCUGUUAGAAUUUACAACAUUGAGUCGGCUGACUGGGGACCCGAGAUUUGAGGAUGCUGCUGUUAGAUCUUUUUUUGCAAUAUGGAAUCGUCGUUCACAAUUGGACCUCAUCGGAAACACUAUUGAUCUUAUAUCAGGUAGAUGGCUUAAUCCCGGAAAUAGCGGUAUCGGGGCUGGUAUCGAUUCUUUUUAUGAAUAUGCCUUGAAGAUGUACGUGCUUACGGGGGAAAACCGUUAUUUGGACGUCUGGAAUGACUCGUACGGACCACUUAUGAAACACUCCAGAGGGGCGGAUGGUUUCUGGUAUCGUACGGUUUCUAUGGAGACCGGAGAGUUGGCGACCACUUGGAUUGAUUCGCUAGGAGCAUUUUGGCCUGGUCUCCAGGUGCUAGCCGGCGACGUAGAGAGUGCGAUUAAAUCCCACAUGGCAUAUUGGAACCUAUGGAAGCGUUUUAGCGGAAUGCCUGAAACGUUUAACGUCAUGACACGUGAAGGCAUCAGCUUGGGGUACCCCCUACGACCGGAAUUCAUUGAAAGCACGUACUUCUUGUACCGAGCGACACGGGACUCAUUUUAUCUAGAUGUUGGAGCCCGUAUUCUUGAGGAUUUUAUUCGCCGAACGAAGGUACCCUGUGGAUUGGCGACCGUCUCUAAUGUUUUGACUGGAGCACAUGAAGAUCGGAUGGAGUCUUUUGCCCUCUCCGAAUCGUUGAAAUAUCUUUACCUUCUUUUCGACGAGGAUAACAUGUUCAACCAGGAUUUUCGUAAUUUUGUUUUCACUACAGAAGGACACGUCUUGUUCCUCGACAAUAUGUAUUUCCGUCAACCUCCCCCCAUUCAACCUGCACUUCACCGUUCUUCACACUCGAUAUGCCCGGCAUACAGUCCUCCCCUCGUCACGUCCUCACGCCAAGGUGGCUCUGAUUUGGGAGACCUCGGAGGUCUCAUAGGAUCCGUGCGCGAACGACCCGAUUUCGAAUAUGCAAGAUUAUUGGCUGGUAUCGUUGUUUCUCCUGAUGCUUAUGAUAAGUUGUCUUGGAGCAAGACUUCGGGGGACAAAAAUCCAUUCGCUGUGAUCGCAGAGGAGGAUAAGGCGUGGUGGGAUGAGAAUGGAUGGUGUGAAGUUCCAAGGGUCGAGGAGUACGUACACGAAUGGAUUCUCUCAUCUGAUGGAGGCCUUGUUCCAGAAGAUCGCUUCCCUGGGCCAGAUAAAAUUCGCAAAGUCGUCGAUGGAUAUGAGGUUCUUAACAUCACUGGAAUUCGAACGCAAGUGACAGCUCGCAUCGAUCGAACAGCGUAUGACAUUACUCGACUUGGACAGUAUCGCGUUUAUACUGGACAGAAAGUUUAUAUUAGCGAUCCAAUCAUCCUCAGGACCCUACGGAGAAGUGAAGCUUUGCCAAAAUCAUUUCGACGAUUCGGACUUCCAGAUGUCAUCCUUUACUUUUCUUUUGCGCCCUCUCUCACCUCUUCUCCUUGGCCUUCUAACUUUCAAGCGCCGCUCCGAAGCGCCAAUGCCGGGUUCAACGAAAGUUUUGUCUUUGACGCUCUGGCCGCUACGGCUAGUUUUGGAGGAAAUCCAGUCUUGCCUCCACAGCCUUUUCCCCUUUCAGAGCCCCUAGAGUCGGAGUCAGCAUCGGGUGAAACGUCACAGCAGACGCGGACGACGAUGCCGGAUCCGCUUAUCUUUAGCGCCGACUCGCCGUUUAAUGGUGCCGUACGUGUUGUUCGUGCACCGGUGGACAAUCCGUAUGGAUGCCAUGACUACCCUCGAGACUUCAUACGCUGGUAUUCGCCCCCUGUUCGUUCUGGGGGGCAAGCACAAGAAAAGGGCUCGGUAACGUCAUCGACGCUUUCCUCACUGCCUACCCCCACACCCUCAUCAUCAUGCCCCUCAUCUUCUACUUUCCCUUCGCCAUCAUCAUCAGAGCCCUCAGCUCAUCUCUUACCCGUCGUUGUCUUUAUCCGACGAGGGGAAUGCGCUUUUCUUCAAAAACUCAUCCUAGCUAAAAAGGCGCACUUUGCUGGGGUGAUCGUUUGGAAUGACUCACGAAAGCGUGAGCCGAGCGAGAGUGAAGCUGGUCCUGGCAGUAGCGGGGGCAGUGAUGGGAGAGCCCGUGGAACCGGGGGGUCGGGGGGAGGAAAGUUGGAUGCAGACGAUGGAGAGUUAAUCAAUCCUAGUAUAGAUAAAUCAGAUGAGGAAUUGGCUAGGAGGGAACUUUGGGAUGUGAGCAUUGUGGCGGUUGGUCGGGAUGAUGGAAGCGUUAUCGACGAAAUGUUGGGCGUCGCGGAGGAGAGGAGCGUGAAUGCGAACGACGGCGGAGGGUGGGACGUAAUCGUGGAAGUCAAGAGAGUCGAGGACGUUAUCAAACAGGAUGAAAACACUACGGGUAAGAAGAAGAACAAAGUGAAUGAUGUUGAUGAUGGUGAUGACGAUGAUGGAGGGAAGAAGAAGGCUCAUGAGUCUGGUUCUGCGAAUUCAACACCACCACCUCCCGUUCAGUUAUACAUCAAUGGGCUUGCUUUACGGAAUACGAUAGUCCUUCGAUAAUAUUAUAUAAUCUUUUCUUUUC